AUGAUUUAUGCCAAAAGGUUUACAGAUUUAGUUAACGAAUACAUUCAGAUGAGCCUGAAUCAUCUGAAGACGAUUAAAAUUAAAUAUAUAACAGAAGAUCGAAGAAUUUUAAAGUCAAAGCCAUCUCCCAUACUCUGGAUAAACGAGAAUACUUUCGCAGGAAAAACAAAUUUAGAAUAUCUCACAUUUGACGGUGCAGAUAUUAGAAACCUUACACAAAAUGUUUUCACCAGCUUGAGAAACUUAAAGAAAUUGGAGUUCCAGAAUGUCGUUCUAGAGGAUUUCUCAUUCUUAAGGUCUGAGACUCUUCAGAAGAGCUUGUCGACGGUUUAUCUGAAAGUUAAUCAGAAGGUGGAUAUGAAAUACUUUGAAGGUUACUCCAAAUUAAAAUACAUUUUUGUAAAUGAAUACGAGCCCUAUGAGAAUCUGACAUCCAUAAUUUGCAUUGAAGAGUAUGCUGAUGGCUGCAGAUUCACGCUCGGAAUAAACGGAAUAAAGUGUCCUACCAAAUGCGAGUGUGCAUAUUAUUGGGAUCCUUCUAAUUUAAAUAUAGAUUGUUCAAGACGACGACUUACGACAAUUCCACAAUUACCUAUUCCGAUUAUUGGAAAUACGAGUCUGAACUUCGGUGGAAAUUACCUAGAAGAGCUCCCAAAAAACACAUUAAGUGGAUAUAAUGACAUUAAAAAGUUAAAUGUAUCCGAUAAUACAUUAACGAGUCUCAGAAUGGAUCGACUGCCAAAAAAUCUGGUUGCUUUGGACAUCAGUAACAAUGCCAUCCAAAAACUCGAUAAAGAUGUAAUAAAAUACAUCUCAACUAUUAAGGAUUUCAAGCAGACGGGCAUUCAAUGGCUCGUCAAUUGUGAUGACAAUCUAAUGUUGGCGCUUAUGCAAAUUAUGGCAAAGCAAUUGAGACUUAACUGGAGGCUAGACGCUUCUUUUUUUCAUCAUCUGAAUGCACCAUGUCCUGAUAAAUGCUUUUGUUGCUUUAACCGCAGCACAGAUCACUUUACGAUCGACUGUACGCAUGCCGAUAUGCCAUUAUAUCCUGAACUUCCGCAUUCCAUACCCUACAAGGCCAGCCUGCAUCUCGAUACGAAUAAAAUUCAGAGAAUUAUACACUCAUCGGGUCACGCUUCCCUGAGAAAACUGUAUUUGUUUGAGAACAAAAUAAUGGACUUACCAUUGCACUUGAUUCCCACGAACAUCACACAUUUGGAUUUACGAAAAAACAAGUUGGAGGCUCUCGAUGAUCAGGUGGUCGAUUUCUUCAAAGACCGUGAGGGAAGCACCAAGCGGAAGAUCGAGCUGUCCGAAAAUCCCUGGACAUGCGACUGCCGGGCAAAGUCCUUUCUUUCGUUUCUGAGGCAGAAGGAACCUCUGGAGUAUAUCGCCGCCCUGGAUCGUUGUAAUAUCUUCUCUUCAGGAACGUGUCCGGAGAAAUGCAUCUGCUGUUUAGAUAAUUCUACACUGCCUUCGAUGAUUAUCGACUGCGGAUUCAAAGGACUCAAAGCAAUACCUCCAUUACCUACACAAAUAUCUGGACAAUCGACCCUUCACUUCGAAGGAAAUUAUCUCGAAACAUUGCCAUCCAAUUCCCUGCCCGGAUAUGCAAAGUUGGGACAACUAUACUUGGCCAACAAUCGGCUAACCGAGAUCGACCAACUGCCUGAGAAUAUAACAAUUCUCGACAUAAGAAACAAUAGCAUUUCUUUGCUGAACAAGCAGGUGCGGGACUUCUUCGACAAGAGAAUAGCCGCCUCCCCCCAGCUGAAGCUCCUACUCUCUGGGAAUCCUUGGACUUGCACUUGCGAGGAGAAAGACUUCCUAUUCUUUGUGAGAAGUUCGCAGUACAUUGAAAAUCUAAAUGAUAUAUACUGCGGUAGAACGGGAAAGCUCCUGAAGCUUAUAGAUGAGAGCGAUCUAUGCCCUUCAGGCUUGGUGCACUAUGUGACUCUCACCAUUUCUUUCAUGAUAAUAAUCUCAACUAUAAACUUGAUCGUUUACUUCAAGCAGCCACUCCUGAUCUGGUUUUACGAGCACAAUGUAUGCCUGAACAUCGCCGCCCAGCGGGAGUUCGAAAAACAGAAGAAGUUCGAUGCGUUUCUAUCAUUCACCCACAAGGACGAGGAGCUCAUCGAAGAGUUCGUGGAGAGACUGGAGAAUGGCGCGUACAAGUUCCGACUCUGCUUCUAUCUGCGCGACUGGCUCGUGGGGGUGCCCAUUCCCGAGUGCAUCAGCCAAUCCGUGAAGGACUCGAAGCGAGUCAUCAUCCUGAUGACGAACCACUUCCUGAAGUCGACUUGGGGGCGACUGGAGUUCCGCCUCGCUCUGCAUGCCACCUCCCAGGACCGAUGCAAGCGCCUCAUUGUGGUCCUCUAUCCCGAAGUGGAGAACUUUGAUGAUCUCGACAGCGAACUGCGCUCCUACAUGGUGCUGAACACGUAUCUCAAGCGAGAUGACCCCAAUUUCUGGAAUAAGCUGGUAUAUUCAAUGCCCCAUGUGAAUGUGCAACAAGAACCCGAUCCAGAGGCAAUAGAGCUGUCUGUCAUAAACCGCAAUGCUUAAAAAUAUCUUAAGCUAACCAGAUCCCUUUUGAAUUUGUAUCUACAGUAUCUAAGUAUGUUGGGCUCUCAUAAAUAUUUGCAUCCAUUUUUUUCUCCCUCUAUCUUUUUCAGUAUGCACUCUCUCUGUCUCUCUCUGAACUCUCUCAAAUGGCAUGAAUAACGGCCAGUACCCACAGCCUGCAGAAGAUAAUAAACUGAGCACAAUUUAAUCAACUAAA